GUAGUGAGAGCUGAACUUGGACUUGGCAGAAGCAGCCGCCCACUGUCACUGGGAGCAGAUGGCCUCCCUCUCAGAGUCAGCUGUUCACAUGAGCUCAGGUCUGACGCUCAGUCUCACAGCUCACAGAGGGAACAACAGACUCAUCACAGCUCACUCCCUGUUGGCUUUACAUGAACUUUACAAACUACCUCUGAAGAUUUCUCUGUUGAAGCUCACAUUUACUCUGUGAAGACAUGCCUCAUUCCAGGUGCACAACAGGAAACAGUUCAAGUCCUUCGUUCAGGAGCUUCCUCUUUCCCUGAAUGCCACAUGCAGGAUGUUCCAAUUUCCCCCCGUCAACGAACAAACACCAACCUGCACACAGCAACAGAAGUAAAACUAAUCCUCCAAGAUGGACGUCACUUCACUCUAUGUUACUGAGGAGCCAGGAGCUGGCUUAGCUGAGGUGGACAUAUGCACGCUUGAGAUUAAUAUCAAGUAUGAAAUCAUCCCAUCUAUUGUCUGCUCUGUUUGCCUCUCAUUCGGCCUCAUCUACACCUUUUUCGGAUACCGCUGCUUCAAGAUGGUCAUGUUCUUCUCUGGCUUCAUGUUUAGCUCAGCAGUCGUUCUCCUGUUGUACCACAAGGAGCCCCUGUUGGAUGCCCAGCUGGGGUCAGAGACAAAGGCGGGCAUCGGCCUGGGCGUGGGCGUGCUCUGCGGGCUGAUGACCAUGCUGGUGUCCACGCUAGGACUCAUCAUCAGCGGCCUACAGCUGGGGAGCCUGCUUUCCCUCGCCAUCCUGGUGGUCGUCGGACAGUUUUACAGCCUUAAUCCAGUGUGGGUGCCUCUCACCGUUGUACUGGUCACCAGCGUUGUCGCUGCUCUCUUCACGCUCCAGUGGCAGAAACUGUUCACCAUCAUCUACACAUCUGUAUUUGGAGCGACAACUGUGAUGCUGGGUGUGGAUUACCUGGUGGGGACAUUUACGCUGCCAGAUCAAGUGUAUGAUGUGUUUUAUCAAGUCGCCCCACGUCCAUUCUGCUGGUUUAACUGGGCGAUCACUGGGAUAUGGCCUGUUAUGGGUCUGAUAGGUGUGUUGGUGCAAUGGUGGUUUACUGCCAAAGGAAUCUCACACACAGAAGCUGCACACAAAAACCAGAAGAAGCAUGCCAAGAAGCACAGUUGUAGAGAGUCAAGGCGAAGACCUCAACCAUACCGUCAGCGCAGGCCUCCACUGCUGAAACGCUACGCUGGGGACGUCCUGGCGCCGAGUUAUCUCCAGAGCCUUCAGGAGCGCCAGAAUGGAACAGGCUCGUCCACCAGCAGCAUCAGCACCAUCACACAUACUCUGAUUGACUUUGACUUUGAGACGGGCUCCAUGGUGCCUCUGACCGCGGCGUCGCCGGUCUAUUCAUUCUGAAGGAACACGGCUUCUUCAGAUACUCGUCAACAUGCUCAGAGAUAAAUCCCCUGAAUGAUGACAACACAACAUACACAGUCAUCAUCACUUCCUUUUUAUCUCAGUUUUAUCUCACGGACACUUUGUAUUUCACGGUCGAGGUGUUUUCUUUCAAAGGAUCUUUUAUUCUCCAAAUACUAUGUACCAUGUGUCUAGAUUACCCUUACAAAAAAGAAGUUCAUUCAAGUGUU